GCCGGAAACCAUAAUACCUGCCACUAAUCAAGCCGUGAUGUUCAAGAGACUAAAAACCUCCUGAGAUAUGCACCUCUUCAUCACCUUUCUAAAAAACACUACGAAAAGUUGCUUGAGGCGUAUUCCGCUGAUUCUGACACAAACAAUGUUAAUUGAUGUUCACUCCCCGUUCGCCAUUUGAGCGUCGUCCAGUAUACUUUUUGUAAUAACACGUCAAGCUGACUGAAUAACGAGUAGAAUUCUGUGGUAGAAUUUCCGAUGGCUAUAAAAGUAGGAGAACGUAUCCCACCCGGCAUUAUGCUGUACGAAGACAAACCCGAACAGCAGAUCAUUCUAGCAGAUUACGCUGUAGGAAAAAGGCUAAUCAUAACAGGUAUUCCUGGAGCUUUCACUCCUGUGUGCUCAAGACAACACUUGCCACAGUAUAUCGAGAAAGCCGAUGAGCUGAAGUCCAAAAAGGGGAUCAACGAUAUCAUCUGCAUCACUGUCAAUGAUCCCUUUGUGACGUCGGCGUGGUGUGAUGAUCUUGGUGCCAGAGGAAGGGUGAGGAUCCUGGCAGAUCCAAGCGCCGAAAUGACGAAAGCACUGGGACUGGAAACUUUUUCUCAGAAGCUGGGAGGAUUCAGGAGCAAGAGAUACUCAAUGAUUGUGGAUAAAGAAAAGGUGGUUCAAAUCUUAGUAGAUGGUGGAGAUGCAUCCGGUUUCGAGGCGUGUAUGAUAAAAAACCUCAAGUUCGAAUGCAAGAAGAAGUAAAUACUAUAGUAAGGUAUUUUGGAAUACAAGUACCAACAUGACUUACAAAUGUUACAUAUUCUAAGCAUCUCUGGUUUUAUACAGUAAAACCAAACAAGGGCAAUUGCUGACUUUCAAUGCGAGGAAUUGUAGUUUUAAUAGCAAAUAAUUUUGACAAAAGUG